AUUGGCGCCGUCGGAGAGCUCGCAAGGCCUGCCGGGACGGCGGCGUUUCCGGUCUCGGCGGUGGCGGGACUGAUUUGAAGCUGGUUGCUGGGCAAAAACAUGUCUCAGGAGGGCGCCGUCUCGGCGAGCGCCGUGCCCCUGGAGGAAUUGAGCAGCUGGCCCGAGGAGCUGUGCCGCCGGGAGCUGCCGACUGUCCUGCCUCGGCUCCUCUCCAUGUAUCAACAUUCUGACAGUUGGAUUGAGCAUAUUCAAAUACUGAAAACCAUUGUACAAGUGUUUUUACCUCAUAUGAACCACCUGACAUUGGAACAGACUUUCUUUUCUCAAGUGCUGCCAAAGACUGUGAAAUUAUUUGAUGAUAUGAUGUAUGAGUUAACCAGUCAAGCCAGAGAGCUAACAAGCCAAAACUUAGAAAUCCAGACCACGCUAAGGAAUAUUUUACAGACAAUGGUGCAGGUUUUAGGAGCUCUUACAGGAUGUGUUCAGCAUGUCUGUGCCACACAGGAGUCCAUCAUUCUAGAAAAUAUUCAGAGUCUCCCCUCCUCAGUCCUACAUGUAAUCAGAAGUACCUUUGUACAUUGUAAGAAUAGUGAAUCUGUCUAUUCUGGGCGCUUACACCUCGUUUCAGACCUUCUCCAGGCUCUUUUCAAGGAGGCCUAUUCUCUUCAGAAGCAGCUAAUGGAACUGCUGGAUAUGGUCUGCAUGGACCCUGGAGUUGAUGAGAACGAUGACAUUUUGAAUAUGGUACUUGUUAUUCAUUCAUUGUUGGACAUCUGCUCUGUUAUUUCCAGUAUGGACCAUGCAUUUCAUGCAAAUACUUGGAAAUUUAUAAUUAAGCAGAGCCUUAAGCACCAGUCCGUUAUAAAGAGUCAGCUGAGACACAAAGAAAUCAUCACCAGCUUGUGUGAAGACAUUCUGUGCUCCUUCCAGUCUUGUUUACAGUUAGCAGAGCAGAUGGCCCAGUCCAGGGCACAGGAUACUGCUGACAACAGGUUAUUUCAGAAAAUACUCAAAUUGUGUCGUUUCCUUGCCAACUCUCUUCUACACUACACUAAGGAAUUUCUUCCUUUCCUCUCUGAUUCUUGUUGUACAUUGCACCAGCUUUAUCUGCAGAUACACAGCAAGUUUCCUCCCAGCCUGUAUGCUGCUGGGAUUUCUCAAGCCCAGCAGGAGGAGAUAGAGGGCACUUUCCUAAUUACCCUGGAUCCACUCAUCACUCAGCUUCUCACCUUCCAGCCUUUCAUGAACGUGGUUUUGGACAGUAAAUUAGAGCUGCCAUGCGAACUACAGUUCCCGCAGUGUCUCCUGCUGGUUGUCAUCAUGGAUAAGCUGCCCUCUCAGCCCCUGGACGUGCAGACCCUGUGGUGCACCGAGAGCCGGGUCUCAGGAGCUGCGUCCAGGGUAUCUCUACUCAAAGCCAUUUUCUGCAGUUUUGAGCAGUGUUCUGGUGAACUCUCUCUACCUGUCCAUUUACAGGGAGUGAAGGGUAAAGGGCACGUGGAGGUUGCUGUCCCCUUGUAUCAGCAUGUCUGUGUUCAUCUGUGUGCAUUCAUUACUGCCUUUCAUCCCUCGCUGUUUCCAGAACUGGAUGCCGCUCUGCUGAGUGCAGUGCUCAGUGCUAACAUGAUCUCCUCCUUGUUAGCCAUGGACGCCUGGUGCUUCCUUGCUCGAUAUGGGACUGCUGAGCUCUGUGCGCACCAUGUCACCUUAGUGGCUCACCUGAUAAAGUCCUGCCCUGGAGAAUGCCAUCAGCUCACCAACCUGUCCAUACUACUGCGGCGUCUCUUCUUCUUCAUGGCCCCACCCCACCAGGUGGAGUUUAUCCAGAAAUUUGCCCCAAAAGAAGCGGAAAAUCUGCCUCUGUGGCAACAUAUUUCUUUCCAGGCUUUCCCCGCUGAGCUAAGGAAGCAAACUGCGCAUGAGGUUGUCAGAGUAGGCGCUGCACAGACCAGGAGGUGGCUCGGUGGCAGUCGCACUGUGGGGGAACUCGAGUGGCUGAACACGGCGCUGUCUGCUUUGCUUGCUGUGAAUAAUUCUGCGAGCGAAGCUCUGGAUAUUGGACAACAAACUGCAGUUAUGGAAGCCGGAAGUCAGCUUUGGGCUUUUCUAAACACUAAUCUGGUAACAGGUCAACCUUAUGUUCAACGGACACUCAGCCUUUUAUUUCCACUGUUGGGAUUUUUCAUUCAAACUCUAGAUUCUCAGCUGAUCAGUCAGGUAGUAACUCUGCAGGCCUCACUUCUGAAAUUAGAGCCUCCAGACCAUGUUCGCUUGGCAGUCCUUGACUUUGUGUCUUCUCUAGGAAAACUUUUCAUAUCUCCAGCUAUCCAGGACAAAAUUGUGCCCAACCUGUGUUCCAUUUUUGCUUUGCUGCUGGCCGACAGGAACUGGCUGUUAGAACAACAUGCCUUGGAGGCAUUUACUCAGUUUGCAGAGGGAACAAGUAAUGAAGAGAUAGUCCCCCACUGCCUCAGUUCUGAAGAAACUAAGAACAAAGUGGUAUCCUUUCUGGAGAAGACGGGAUUUGCAGACGAGACGGUAGCUGCUAGAGUGGAGCGUGUGAAACAGGAAAAAGGGAUUUUCUGGGGAUCCUUGGCAACAGUUACGUUAGAAGAAGCAAAGUGGUCAUCUUCACAGCCUUGUGCUAAAAGAGCCCGCCACGAGCCCCCUGUGGAGGAAGAGUACAGGUCAGCACUUCAGGCCGCAACGGGGGCCCUGGAGGCAAUCGAGGUACUGCUCCAGAAGUCCCCUGCUCCCGACUGGCUCCCCACAGAAAUGCAGCUGCUCCAGGAAAAGAUUGAUGAGCUGAAACGCCGCGGGCUCCAGGAUGAAACUUGAAUGGACCGGACCAGACCAUCGCUAGACAGAACUGAG